CGCGUUCAGAGGAAGCAUUCCCAGAGAAUACGUCGUCGUUUACCUCAAUUAGCAGGAAAAUAUAAUUCAAAGAAAUAUAUUCUUUCUUCCAAUCAAAGAAAAUAAAGGCACAAACACGGCCUAGAAAACGCUAGCGUUGAAGUUGGAACUUGGAACCGCAAAAAUCUCUCCCCCUUUCUCUCUUCCUCCGUCUUGUCUAAUCCUGUUUGGCAAAUCUUUGUCUCACAGCUCGGCCCGAGCUGACUCAGCGCAACUCAAGAAAAUGAGUCAGGAAUCUUUCAUUUACAGCUUCGUAGCAAGAGGCACCAUUAUUUUGGCCGAGUACACCGAAUUCACUGGGAACUUCCCGGCGAUCGCAGCUCAGUGUCUUCAAAGAUUGCCUUCCUCUAACGACAAGUUCACCUACAACUGUGACCACCACACCUUCAAUUUUCUCGUUGAAGAUGGUUACGCAUAUUGUGUUGUUGCAAAAGAAUCUGUUAGCAAACAGAUCUCCAUUGCUUUUUUGGAACGCAUGAAAGCAGACUUCAAGAAAAGAUAUGGGGGUGGUAAAGCAGACACGGCUAUUGCCAAGAGUCUCAAUAAGGAGUUUGGGUCAAUUAUGAAAGAGCACAUGAAAUAUAUUAUCGACCAUGCUGAAGAAAUAGAGAAACUAUUAAAAGUGAAGGCUCAAGUUUCAGAAGUUAAAAGUAUAAUGUUAGGGAAUAUUGACAAGGUUAUUGAUAGGGGUGAGACCAUAACGACUCUAGCUGACAAAACUGAAAAUUUACGCGAUCAGGCCCAAGCAUACAAGAAACAGGGGACACAAAUCCGACGGAAAAUGUGGUAUCAGAACAUGAAGAUUAAGUUGGUUGUUCUUGGCAUCUUGUUACUCCUGGUUCUCAUAAUCUGGCUUUCCAUUUGCCAUGGAUUUGAUUGCACCAACUAGUGUAAUCUUCAUUCUUCAGCAUAUAUGGAACUCAAGUGCACUCGAAUACAAGAAGACUUUACGAGAAUGUGUCAAGCAGAGGGAGUUUUGGUUUCGUCAAAAUUAUUUCUUACCUUCUUUUACAAGUCAGCAUUGAGGAAUUUGAGAACUGUCCUUAGAAGGUGAGAGAGAGCCGUCUUAUGUGCCUGUACUGUCUCUGUAUUACAGGAAAUUUUUUUUAUUCUUUGUUCCUUUUUUUUUUUUAUCCUUAAUUUUCAUAUAGAAAUAAAAUUUUAUAAAGCAUUCCAUUACCA